CUCAAAAUUGUUAUGACAAAAAUCAACUACCUCUCAUUGAGACUCACGUACUUCCUCUGGAGAAUGCAUUCGGCAAGAAGUCCGCGAGGAAACCCCGCGAACUGACCGAUUAUCGAUUAUCAAGUCCAUGAAUUGUGUGACGUCAUGAUGAACUGUUUUCACCGAAAAAUAGCACGAAGUGAAGCAAAGCUGUUCCCUAAAAGACUGCCGAUCAUACUGUCAUCGUAGAAGAUCUGUUUCGUGCGGUAACUAGCGAGGACGAAGGUCCCAUCAUGCAGGAGUUCAGGCAUUUUGAUCCACAGAAGCUGGAGCUGCUGGAAGCCCGCAUCAAAGGCAACCGUUCUCAGCAGCAACCCAUCAUGAUAGCUGAUGAUUCCAAUCAUAGCACCAGCACUUGUAGCCGCGGCUCACCCAGUGAUGAUUUAGAGGUCAUGCAGGCAGAAACCCCAGAAAAGGAGAGAAAGAAGAGGAAAAGAAAAGGACAAGGACAAGAUAUUGAUCCAUCAGGUCCAAAGAAGAUUAGUGAAUAUUUCAAGGCAGCAACAUCAUUAAGUCCAGGAAGAACCAGUCUUGGAAUAGGUAUCUUACCCAAGUCACCUCCACCCAGCGCAUAUCCUAGUCAAAUUAUGUCUUCACCAUGUGGUAACAGCAAUGACUACAUCUCCCACUCGUCACAAUCACCAAAGCCAGCAAGACCAAGGUUUUCAGAUAGCAGCUCUAUAUCAACUCAGACUGACAUGAGUUUACAAGAUUUGGAACUGAAAGAAAGACAGCAUCAAUCCCACAUGAGGGUGAAGGAGGAGACGAUAGAAACACUUAAUAGUACAACUCAGGAUUUACAACGGAGGUUAGACAGUGCUCAGAAACUCCUAGAUAAGUUCAAGGAACAGUCAAAGAGAAGUACAGAAAAGGUUAAACAACUGCUUAUAGAAAAGGCCGCAACUGAAAACAAACAAGCACGAACCAAGAGCAUGGAGGAUCGUCUAAGACUAGGACAGUUCACUACUCAAAGACAAGGGGCCAAAUUUGUUGAAACCUGGAACGAUGGCUAUGCAUUCACUGAUCUUGUCAAGCGCCAGGAGAAAAUUGCCAAAGAAAGGGAGGAACUGGACCAGCAAAGGAAGUCCCUCAUGAAGAGGAAACCGCCGAAUAGUCCUCAUCCCAGUUCCAAGUCCAGGCCCAAACAGAACGGUCCUAAUGACGAAGGGUUUGCCAAACCUCUCCCAGAGUACAUGAAUCAUGCAGAGUUCUAUGAGAGAGAUGAGAUCACAAAAUUAAGACAAGCCGCAUUUAAGAAGGAGGAAUCAGAUCUACAGGGAGAACUGGAGAAGCUAGAACGAGAACGGAAUCUUCACAUACGAGAGCUGAAACGUAUUCACAACGAGGACCAGUCCACCUUUAAAAACCACAAGGUUCUCAACGAUCGCUAUCUACUAUUAAGACUCCUAGGCAAGGGAGGCUUUAGUGAAGUGUACAAGGGAUAUGACCUGAAGGACCAUAGAGAUGUGGCAUGUAAGAUUCAUCAAUUAAGCAAGGAAUGGAAGGAAGAUAAAAAGGCUAAUUAUAUCAAACAUGCUUUAAGGGAGUACGAAAUCCACAAGAGUUUGGAUCAUGCGAGGGUUGUCAAGCUAUAUGAUGUCUUCGAGAUUGAUGCAAACUCAUUCUGCACUGUUUUAGAAUUCUGUCCCGGCAACGACCUGGACUUCCACCUGAAGCAGCACAAGCUGAUGGUUGAGAGAGAGGCGCGUUGUAUCAUCAUGCAAGUAGUUAGCGCCCUCAAGUAUCUGAAUGAGAGGAAGCCACCCAUCAUUCACUACGAUCUCAAACCAGGCAAUAUUCUUCUAUGUCAUGGUUCAACAUGCGGUGCCAUCAAGCUAACUGACUUUGGACUUUCCAAGGUGAUGGACGAUGAGCAUUUCAACUCACAGGAAGGGGGUAUGGACCUGACCUCGCAGGGUGCAGGAACAUACUGGUAUCUCCCUCCUGAAUGCUUUGUAGUUGGUAAAGAACCUCCUAAGAUUUCUUCUAAGGUGGAUGUCUGGUCAACAGGUAUCAUCUUCUACCAAUGUCUCUAUGGAAAAAAGCCAUUUGGUCACAACCUAUCACAAGCCUCUAUCUUGGAGCAGAAUACCAUCCUAAGAGCAACUCAAGUCCAGUUCAGUCCAAAGCCAACGGUCAGCCAGGAAGCAAAGGACUUCAUCCGCCGGUGCCUGAUGUACCGCAAGGAGGAUCGGGCAGACGUGCUAGCCCUGGCCAAGGACCCCUACCUGAUGCCUUCCAAUAAGAAGAGCUCUGCAGCUGCUGCAGCUCAUGCCUCGGCCGCAGUCAGUAGUCCCCAGAGUCACUCAAACAUCAGCAAUUCAGAGAACUCCACUUAAUCUUCAAUACCCUACCCAGGUUUCCCCAUGUGUAGUCCCACUUCAUGCUAUGGCCAGACUGCGAUCAAUAUUUUGAAGAAAUGGUAAUCGUGUCAGAUAUGGAGAUUCAAACAAGUGGUGGGCAAUUAGACAAAAAUCAUAAAAUUGGCUAUAACUCUCAAAAAGUAUCUGCCACUGUAACAAAUUUGGUAUCAAUCGAAAGAGCUUAGCCAGUUCUUCACGUUGAAUGCUAUGGCAGUUGGAGUGAAGUACAUUUAGGCAAAAUCUUCUUUAAAAAUGUUUGUAGUCACCCAGUAUUUGGUUUUCAUUAUUUCACACCAGAAUGAGGUCUAGUUGGAGGAAAGGCCAACCUGGGACCAGUUUCACAACGCCUUUUUUCAAUGACAAAACGACAAAAUCAGUGACAAAUCUGCUGAUAACCAAUCACAAGCAAGGAUUUCAGUAGCUUAUAACAAAGACUGUCAUUUGUCACUGAUGACAAGUUUUGUGAAAUGCCCCCCUGGUUUUCAGAUUGUGGACCAUUGCACAAUUUUGCCUGAUUUGUUCAUUCGACCAUUCAGACCCUCCCUUCAUUGUUCAGAUUUGUCCAUGUUCGAAUGUCUAUAUCAAAUGCUGUUGCAAUUUCUUCCAUACCCGUAUCGCAGUCUGAUCGUCCAAGUGAGCAUUGGGCUUAUUAUAUCUAAGUAGUCUCUAUACGCCAUGUAGUGCACCUCUUCUGCGCUGAAUAUUCAGAAGCAGAACUUUGAUAGGUUGGUGUCUUUUAAAAAGACCAAACUGUAUCAAGAGAGCAUGUAUGUGGCUAUUGAAUCAUGGUUAUGUAUCAUGCCAUGAUGUUUAAUAGAUAGUGAAAUAGUAAUGGAUUUAUAAGUAUGAAGAGAUGACCUUCACAUUGUUCCUAGUUUUCAUGCGGGAGGACAGUUUUGAAUUGUCACUUUUUGCAAAAGAUGUUGAUGAUGAAGGUAUGAUGAUAAUGAUGAUACCUUCACAAAAUGCGCAUCUUAAGCUUUUUGGAAAGAAUUAAGGUGAGCCAAGCUGUGGAUAGUGGAAUUGUUUAUGUAAUCCUAUGUACUUGUCACGAUCAAGGUCCGUAUUUGAAUUCUUUAUUUCAUUUUUUGUAGUCGAUACAUACAUGGGAUAUGUUUAUGUACUAUCACCCAUUUUCAUAGAUCACUAAUUUCUUCGCAUCUAUUUCCCGAGCACAAACGCACACAAAUCAUUUGAAGCCCCCUUCCCCUCAGGUUUUAAGAGACAAAAUAAUAAGACUGUUUGACCAUGAGCGCUGUCAUUGUCCAUUCAAAACUUUUGCUGUAGAGUUCAUCUAUUUGCUGUCUCUUUUUUAUUGUACUUAGUGUAAUAGUUACAAAUGUAGAUUACGGCAUAUUUUGUAGCAUCCUCUUCCAGCUGUGUGCAGAUAUUUGACGCCUCCUUCUUAUUGACUUAUGUAAGGUAUCCAUUUGCUGCUUUUACCUCCAUUACACCAUCGAUUGACAGUAGACCAAUCAAACCAUUGUUUAAC